AUGUCCACCGCAACCAUCCCCCCACCCGCCGCCGAUAAAGAGAACUACAAAUCCACGCUGCUACCUCUCCUGGUAGCCAACAAGGUGCUAACCUUCGGAUCCUUCGUGCUCAAAUCCGGCCGCGUGUCGCCGUACUUCUUCACCUCGACGCUGCUGCACACGGCGCCGCUGCUGCGCGCGACAGCCGCCGCCUUCGCCAACGUCAUCUCCAGCCCGCCCUUCGUGAAUGCGGACGACGGCACGCCCACUUUCGACGUCAUCUUCGGGCCGGCUUACAAGGGUAUUCCGCUGUGCACGGCGAUUCUCAACGAGCUGGCGGUGCGUGAUGCGCUGGCCCCGACGUCGCGCGGUAUCUGGGACAGCGUCAGCUACUCGUUCAACCGGAAAGAGGCCAAGGACCACGGCGAGGGGGGCAACAUCGUCGGGGCGCCGCUGAAGGGCAAACGCGUGCUGAUCGUCGACGACGUGAUCACGGCGGGCACGGCGCUGCGCGAGGCGGUUAGCAUAAUCGAGAAGGAAGGCGGCACGGUCGCCGGGGUGGUGGUGCUGCUGGAUCGCGAGGAGCGCGUCAGCGACACGGAGCCCAAGAGCGCGAUUGGCGUCGCCGAGAGGGAUCUGGGAGGGAACGUCCCCAUCCGAGCGGUCAUCGGCCUGAGCGAUUUGAUCGAGACACUGGGCGACCAGAUUGGGGAGGAGGAGAUCAGCCGGCUGAAGGAGUACCGGGCGCGAUACGGGGCGGAGUAG